AUGGCAGCAACAACGGCUGGGCUGCCACCCGAUCCAUUACUCCUGCUCAAACAGUCAAUCGCAAAGGGCUCACCUCCAAUACCAACGACCGACCCCGAUCCAUCCAACCAGGCCGAAUCCAAUGUCGCUACCACAUACGCCACGCACCUCAUCUUCAACCUCGACUCGCCUCAAGAUGGCCCACAGCACAUCGCAAUACCAAUGUCACAAGAAACGCGCUUUGUUUCAGCUGCAUAUGGCCGGGCCAUGGAGCUGCGGUCCGUUUUCUACUGCUGGGAGAAGAGAGAUAUGCAGACUGCCGACUACAUUCGAUCAGUACAGUUGCUAAACCAGGAUCUCAAGAAGGCGGGCAGAGACUACACUGUGACCAACAUCCAGUUCGCUGAGAAGCUUGACCUGGUCUCUUGGCUCCAAGGCGAGAUCACAGACCAUGAGAGCCUGUACGUCAAGAGCCUCGAUGACAACAAAGAGGCGAGGGUCGAGGCGAAGGAUGCCGCCAAGCAGGCUGCUGGAGACGCAGAUGUUGAGAUGCGCGAUGCAGCGAUGGAUGAUGGAAAAAGGAGAGAGGAAGAGGAGCGGUUGCGGUUGAUAUACGCGGCUGAGCGCAAGAUGGGCGACCACAACACCGUGCUGCGCGGAGUCAAGAUCCAGGACUUCAGUGGCAUUCGCAAAUACAGCACUAUCUUCCUUGGUAAGGCCAAGAACGCACCCAACGCUGCCCAGGCACAGGCCAACACCACGACUCUCACAAACAACCCUGCAUUGCGCCCGCCCGUUAAGCCCGCAUCUGGACGUCGUCCGGAGCCCAUCAUCCUGCUUUCAUCAUCCUUCUCUAGCUUGCUGCGGAUGCCGAACAUCAAGUCAUUCCUGGCAGAAGGUGUCUACACUCCUCUCGAGUCGAGCACCGAGGCACCCAACAUUCUGCACAUCUCUCGCCCACUGCGAACCAUCUAUCCCGGCCACGCGACUCGAUUCAUCAUGGUGGACGACCCUUCGAACUUCCGACCCGACUACUGGAACCGAGUUGUUGCAGUCUUCACUACUGGUCAAACCUGGCAAUUCAAGAACUACAAGUGGCAGAAUCCUGCUGAGCUCUUCAGCCACGCGCUUGGUGUGUAUGUCGGAUGGAAGGGAGAGGUGGUGCCCGACACGGUCAAGGGCUGGGGUAGGCAGGUUAUGAGCGUGCAGAUCGACAAGGGGUCAAACAGAUGGCGGGAUCGUGAGGUGGUGGAAGAUAUCUGGAGUCAGAUUGAAGCGAGGAUGCGGGCUAUGGGCUGGGGAAAGUGA